GUCUCGGUGCACCAUGCCUGAUCCAGCCAAGUCUGCGCCGGCCCCGAAGAAGGGCUCCAAGAAGGCGGUGACCAAGGCGCAGAAGAAGGACGGCAAGAAGCGCAAGCGCAGCCGCAAGGAGAGCUACUCGGUGUACGUGUACAAGGUGCUCAAGCAGGUGCACCCCGACACCGGCAUCUCGUCCAAGGCCAUGGGCAUCAUGAACUCGUUCGUCAACGACAUCUUCGAGCGCAUCGCCGGCGAGGCGUCGCGCCUGGCGCACUACAACAAGCGCUCGACCAUCACGUCGCGCGAGAUCCAGACGGCCGUGCGCCUGCUGCUACCCGGCGAGCUGGCCAAGCACGCCGUGUCCGAGGGCACCAAGGCCGUCACCAAGUACACCAGCUCCAAGUAGGCUCGUCACGGAUUCCUGCGGACCCAAAGGCUCUUUUCAGAGCCACCAUAUUUUCAGAAGGAGAGCUGGUGCUUGUUACUGCUUUAGGUUAUUUUAACUUGAUACACUUUUUCUUUAAAGGCUCAAUUAACAUCACCUGUGCCUGCUGACGCUCUGGGUCUUUUGUGAGGUAGGACUUCCUGCAUCUUAACGAUCCUCGCCUAUUUUGAGAAGCCUUAGGGAGCUGGACUGUGAGGCUGCAGAGGCUUCUGCGGGCUGGUUUCAGGAGUGCGGGGAGCGACUGUAGGGUGCAUGGAAGAAUCCCUACCCUGUGCCCAUUAAGCAAACUGAGCGAACCGUGGGGUGUUCACGUUGCUUCUAAAGGAAUUUGGGUGUGACUUGGAGUCAUGCUCCCGUCUUUCUGCUUGGUGCUCAUUCCCCUUCACUCGGGUGUGCAUACUCGAAAGCCUUGCAGAAUGGGAUGCAGUGAGGGCAAAAAGCUUGGGGACAUUUAUCCCAGAUUCCUCUGAAGACGAAGUUUCAAUUUUAAAAGCUGCCUACUUUGGCUUUUGAAGUCCUAUUUUUGGUUUGCCUGGAACCAGUAAGGGAAAACAAGUUCACCUCUUUCCAGCUGUUCUAAAUGAGCACGUUACCCUUCCCUACAGAAGAUAUCUCUGCAGAUUAAGCUCUUCAAAAUUAUGUGCCUCAGGCAGCUACAACAGUCAGGCCUGGGGUCAGGCUGAAGCCAGGAGCCUGGAAUUCCAUACCAGUCUCCCACGUGAUGGCCGGGGCCCAAGUAUUUGGGCCAUUUUUCACUUCUUCCCAGGUCCAUUUAGCAGGAAGCUGGAUCAGAAAUGGAACAGCUGGGAAUUGAACUAGAAUUCGGAUCUGGAAUCGUCACAGGAGCAGCUUAGCUCAUUGAACAGGCAAUGGAUGACCAUGGGAGUCAGCAGUCCAAAGAGGUACCACAUGUCUCUGGGGCCGAAGUCUCUCAAUUCUGGAAGACUGGCAGCUGGGAAGACUAUACACUUUUAGAGUACUGUUUAAAUGGGUGUUGUGUGUGUGCUGAGUAGUGACUACGAACGUUCAGAGUCUUCCUUGGCCAAAAUGCAUUGAUUUAAAACCAUUUAGGCCGGUGCCGUGGCUCAACAGGCUAAUCCUCCGCCUAGCGGCACCAGCACACCAGGUUCGAGUCCCGGUUGCCCCUCUUCCAGGCCAGCUCUCUGCUAUGGCCCAAGUGCUUGGGCCCUGCACCCCAUGGGAGACCAGGAAAAGUACCUGGCUCCUACCUUUG